AUGACUGCAGACAUCCAGCAGAUGUUCCACUGCUUCAUUGUGCGAGAGGACCACAGAAACUACUUAAGGUUCCUGUGGUAUGGAGACAACGACACAUCCAAGGACAUCGUCGAGUACAGAAUGAGAGUUCGUGUCUUUGGUAACAGUCCAUCUCCUGCAGUGGCCAUCUACGGUCUCCAUCGAGCAGCCAGAGAAGGUGAACACGACUAUGGUGAAGACACGAGAGAGUUCGUCACGAGACAUUUCUACGUCGACGAUGGACUCAAGUCCCUACCCACAGCUACAGAAGCUAUUGACUUGCUACAGAGGACUCAAGCAUCGCUGGCAGAAUCUAAUCUACGUUUACACAAGAUCGCCUCAAACAGCGGUGCCGUGAUGGAGGCAUUUCCCACCAACGAUCACGCCACAAGCAUGAAGGACUUUGGCCUCGGAGCUUCAAUCACCAUACAAGGCGGAGCUCUUUUGCGAGAACUGACUACUGAAGCUUGUAGCUGGGACAAGCCACUUCCUGAAGAGAAGCUGAAGGAAUUGGAAGCAUGGAGGGACUCACUGCAAGAGCUGAAGAACCUUCACAUCCCUCGAACCUACACUUCAAAGUCGCUUACCAAGAUGAGACGCACCGAGUUGUGUGUGUUUUCAGAUGCAUCCACCAAAGCCAUUGCAGCAGUUGCCUACCUCAGGACCCUCGACAACGAUGGACUCAUCGAAGUGGGCUUCAUCCUUGGUAAAGCAAAACUUGCCCCACGAUCUCAACCCACCACACCACGACUUGAGCUGUGUGCUGCAGUUUUGGCUGUUGAGAUAGUAGAACUCAUCCUGAAUGAAAUCGAUCUCACACCAGAUGCAGUGAACUUCUAUUGUGACAGUAAGGUUGUCCUCAGGUACAUAUACAAUGAAACCAAACGUUUCUAUGUGUAUGUACACAACAGAGUUCAGCGCAUCCGCCAGUCAACGCAACCUGAUCAGUGGCAUUACGUUCCUACGGAACACAACCCUGCUGAUCAUGCUUCGAGAGCACUUCCAGCAUCUCAGCUCACCAGCACAUCGUGGUUCACGGGACCGACUUUCCUGUGUAAAUCCACCCAGAUCCACGAAAACCAGAUUCAUUUCGAACUGGUCGACCCCAAAUCUGACGCGGACAUCCGACCAGAAGUAAAGAGUUUCAUCACCCAAGCAGAGGUGAGACAGCUUACCCCGCAACGGUUCGAGCACUUUUCCACCUGGAACUCACUCUUAAGGGGCAUUGCAUGCCUCAUUCAUGUCGCUCGCUCAUUUAAGAAGGAAUUGGGAAGCGAGACCAAUAAAUGUGCCGGCUGGCAUCAGUGCAGUAAACCUCGCACCCCAGAUGAGCUUGCUCAAGCUGAGAGCAUCAUCAUCUCAGUCCAAAGAGAGGUUUACCCUAACGAGAUCACUGCCUUGAAGAAGAAAGGAGACGUCCCAGGCAGGAGUUCACUCUCAGAGCUUAACCCAAUGCUGCAAGAAGAGAUCACUAAAGUUGGAGGACGUCUCAGACAUGCCCAGCUGGACAGAGGAGCCAUCAGAGCAUCAAGCCUUUGGAUCGUCGGUGGUAAGAGACUCAUCAGCUCUGUCCUACACAAAUGUGUAACCUGUAAGAAGCUCCGUGGCAAAACUGAGGAACAGCAGAUGGCAGAUUUACCGGCCGAGCGACUUAGCACCUUGCCGCCUUUCUCGUACGUAGGUUUAGACGUAUCCAGACCUUGGAUGGUCGUCAUGCGUCGCACCAGAGGAGGCCAGGCCAACAACAAGUGCUGGGCAAUCCUGUUCACCUGCAUGAGUACUAGAGCGGUGCACAUUAAAGUCAUCGAGUCCAUGGACGCUUCGAGCUGCAUCAAUGCACUCAAUAGGUUCUUUACCAUCCGCAGACCAGCUAAACAGCUGAGAUCGGACUGCGGAACAAACUUCAUCCGAGCUUCCAACGAGCUGAAACUUGAUAAGAACGGCAGCAGGGUAUUGGAGUCCAGCGCUACCUCGCUGAACAAGGUUGUACUUGGGUAUUCAAUCCGCCCCACUCUUCACACAUGGGAGGUGCAUGGGAACGGAUGA